UGAAACGGAGGGAGUAUUUUGUUACUCCGGUGUUAGGUUCGCGUUCUGUCGCACCCUCUCUUGGCCUCCGACCAAAGACAACAGUAUCUCAGCUGCGACCGAAAUUCAUGCUGUUGCCUAAUCCGGAAUCCGAUCGGAUCCGACUUUCCCAUGUGUGUUAUACAAUUAGUAGGUGAGGCGGCCUUGACUUGAUGUUCUGAAGUGUUUCGAAGCAAAUCUGUGUAGGAACAAUUACUCUCAAACGUUAAUUUCUUUACCUCCAAUUAAUUCGCCUCUGGACAUGAAGCGAAGAGAGCAGCCACAGCUUCCUUGUCUAACAGAAGUUGAGUCAGAUAGAUUAAGUUGCUUACCUGGUCAUGUUAUAGAUCACAUUCUGUCACACUUGUCAAUUCGAGAAGCUGUGAGGACAAGUGUUUUAUCCAGCAGAUGGAGGUACAAGUGGUCUACACUACCAAAUCUUGUGUUUGAUAACCAGUGUCUCCCCAUAUCUUCCCAGGAUCAUUCAAUUAUCAAGAACAAGCUUGUGAGAAUUAUUGAUCAUGUGCUUUUGCUUCACUCUGGUGUAAUAAACAAGUUCAAGCUCUCCCAUCGUGACCUAAUUGGUGUGACUGACAUUGAUCGUUGGACUCUUCAUCUAACCAGAAGGUCUGUUAAAGAACUUGUGCUGGAAAUCUGGAAAGGGCAUCGCUACAAGAUACCCUCUUGUUUAUUUACCUGCCAAAGUUUAAUUUAUUUGGAAUUAUUUAACUGCUGGCUUAAGCCUCCAUCAACAUUUUUAGGCUUCAGGAACUUGAAGAGUCUUGAUCUACAGCAUGUUACCAUGGAUCAAGAUGUGUUUGAAAACUUAAUUUCUAACUGCCCACUGCUUGAACGUCUAACUUUGAUGAACUUUGAUGGUUUCACUCAUCUCAACAUUGAUGCUCCGAAUCUUCAGUUUUUCGACAUUGGAGGCAAAUUUGAGGAUGUUAGAUUUGAGAACACUUUCCAUUUAGCUGUUGUAUCCAUUGGUUUGUAUUUGAACCUUGAAAAUGAGAAAAAUAGAUGGCAAGGAAGUUCUAGCAAUUUGCUCAAGUUCUUUGUUCAUCUUCCUCAUGUAAGAAGGUUGGAGGUUCAAAGCUAUUUUUUAAAGUAUUUGGCAGUAGGAGUUGUGCCGCUGAAGCUUCCUAGACCAUGCAUAGAUUUAACUUAUCUUUCCAUACGCAUCAAUUUCAACGAUUCCAAGGAAAUUUCAGCUUCUUUAUGCCUUUUAAGGAGUUCUCCGAAUCUUCAAGAACUGGAAGUGUUGGCUCGCACUGAGGAGCAACAGACCACUCUGGGGACACAGGCCUACUGUUGGGAGGAUGAGUAUUGGAACUGCAAAGUGAUGCAACUGCAAUUUGUUAGGAUAGACGGUAUCUCCGGUAUCAAACCGGAACUAGAUUUUAUCAGCUUUCUACUUCUAUAUUCUCCCGUUCUAGAACGGAUGACUGUGAAACCUGCUCCUGCUCCUUCAAAUGGAGGAUCAGAGUUAAUGAAAGAAUUAUUGCGUUUCAGGAGAGCAUCAGGACGAGCGGAAAUUAUAUACCUGGAUCCUUGAUGCUAGAUUUUAUAUGUACAUAACUGUAUUUGGGCGGGCUUGUGGGCCGCUUAGUGAAUAUCCCAUGGAUCCUAAUACUAGUGGUAUUUUAUGUUCGGUGA